AUGGGGAAAGUGAAAAGAGGGCGACAAAAGCUUCAUACUGCGGCCAAAAAAUCCAAAACCAAAGAAGGCCAUUCCACUAAAGGAGAUGUCAUGGUAGUGGAUGUGGUUGAGAACAUGCAGACUGACAUUCCUCGGAGUCCAUUUUUGACCCCUAACGAGUCAGCUAACCCGUUCUCUGGGGUGACUAUCAACAAGGCCACGCUGACACAAAAUUUACCAGACUUUGAUGCCAGGAGCACAAUUACAAGCAAGUCCUUCAAAGGUUUAGGGAUAAAGAAGAAAGAGAAGAGAAAAGUGCGACACCAACUCUGGAUGGAAAAAAUGAACGCUGCACAAUCAGAAGUAAUGAAAAAGAAAGAAAGAAAACGGAAGUCGAAGACUGCUGUUGUGGGGGACUUAACGGAUUUACAGGAAACUCUUCCAACAUUAGAACUGUUAAUGAAGAAAUCAACGGGAAAACCCCAAGACAAACCCAAAGUGAAAACAAGAGGGAUUGAAAAAGAAGCUAAACGACAGAAAAGAACGCUGGAAGGUAUCGCAAUGUUCAAUCAAGUCCUCAGUCACCCGGCGUAUAAGGAAAACCCUACAGAGACCAUUGCCAUACAUCUACAUAACAAGAUGCAACAGAGUGAAACAGACUCCUGACAGUGCAAAAAUUCUGCAUGCUAAGACAUUGAAGUCGCCACAGUCUGCUUGUUGUAGGAAGAGAAUAAAACAAUCUCUGCCACAACUCUAGCAUUCUUUGUGUGGUAAUGGUAGCAGUAGAGAUUUUGGCGUUGGAUAACUUCAUACCCCUGUGUGAAGAUGUGAAGACUGUUGUCAUGUGAUCUGCUGACAUUUGCUGUUGAAUAAUUGUUUGUUGCUCCAUACCCUGUGUGUUGCACCAUACCCUGUGUGUUGCACCAUACCCCUGUGUGAAGAUACACACUGACUACGCUCAGAACUGUUGCCAUGUGUUUAUUUAUUUAUUUAUUUUGAUUGAUGUUUUACACCACAUUCAAGAAUGUUUCAUUUAUAUGACAUCGACCAUCAUUAUGGUGGGAGGAAACCGGGCAGAGCCCUGUUGCCAGGUGAUCUGUUGAUGUACAAACAUGUCAGUUUCUGAUAAAUUUGAUGAAAUCGUUGGAUAUAUUCUCACGUCGUUGUACAGGUGCAUGAUAUAUGCAUAAUACAUGUAUGUACCGAAAUGACCAUGAAUUUCAGCCAUUCCCUAAUUUUGAGAGUUCUGUUUAGUUUAGAAAGGUGUUUUGUGGUUUGCUUGGAAGUUCGGAUAAUAUUCUACUCGGAAAUUGUAUGUUUCAGCACCAUAUAUAAUAUUUUGUGACAGCUAUUUGCUUGUAAAAAUGCACUUUUAUGAGUGAAAUUU